AUGGUGCCUUAUGAGACAUUAUACGAGUGUAAGUGUAGAUCACCUAUCGCUUACUUUGAGGUUGAUGAAAGAAAGCUACUUGGACUGGAGAUUGUUCAAGAAGCCACCGACAAGAUUCAACUGAUUCAAGAUAGGUUGUUGACCUCUCAAAGUCAACAUAAAUCAUACGCUGACCAUAGACGUCGAGACUUAGGGAUUGAGGUGGGUGACCAUGUAUUCUUGAAGGUUUCACCUAUUAAGGGAAUCAUGAGAUUAGGCAAAAAGGGCAAGUUAAGCUCGAGAUAUAUUGGAACCUUUGAGAUCUUAGAGAAACUUGGUGUAGUAGCUUAUAGAUUGACACUACCCGCGGAUGUUUCCAAUAUUCAUCUAGUGUUUCAUGUGUCUGUUCUUCGUAAUUACAAUCUUAACCCAUCUCAUGUGAUUUGUUAUGAAGAAACUCACUUGGACAAUGAUCCGUCUUAUGAGGAAGUACUAGUACAGAUCUUGGAUAGCCAAGUAAAUUGA